AUCCACCUUAUUAACCCCUCUCCUCUCUCGCCAAAUCUCACCAGUUUUCUCACUCGUUCUCUGUCUGUAUAUCUUUCUGGUCAAUGUCUUCCACUUUCUGUUUCGAUGCGUUUUCUCAUCUGGGUCUGAUCGAUUUGUGGGGGAGAGAGAGAAAAAUGGAGAAUACUGGUGUCGGAACGCCGUCGAAGAGCGUGUGGGAUUUGGGCGAAUUAGCGGAGAGGAACUCGCUAGGGUUCAUGGAGUUGCUGGGUGUGCAUCAUGAUCUCGACCCUUCUUCCCUGUUCGAUACGUCCCCGCCGUCCCCAACACAAGCGGCCUCGAAAUUGGAACCUUCGUGCUGGGAUGCGGUAGCGACUCCCAAUUCGUCAUCGAUCUCAUCGACGUCGAGCGAUGCUGUUAACGAGGGGAAAGUGAAGGGGGAGGACGAUGAAGAAGAAGAAGAAGGAGAAGAGCAGCAGGAGAAGAGAGCUACGAAGAAGCAGUUGAAACCGAAGAAGAUUAACCAGAAGAGAAAGAGAGAGCCGAGGGUGGCGUUCAUGACAAAGAGCGAGGUUGAUCAUCUCGAAGAUGGUUACAGAUGGAGAAAGUACGGACAAAAAGCCGUCAAGAACAGCCCUUUUCCUCGGAGUUACUACCGUUGCACCACGGCGACGUGUGACGUGAAGAAGAGGGUGGAGAGAUCAUUCACGGACACGAGCAUAGUGGUGACGACGUACGAGGGUCAACACUCUCACCCAAGUCCUCUUAUGCCUCGUCCCUCCUUCUCCGGCGGCUUAUUCUCCUCCGGUCGGAGCUUCGUCCUUCCUAUACAAAACUCCUCCAUACUUUCGUCUGACGUCCUAAACGGGUAUGAUCAUGUGAAGAAGAGUCGGGAUGAUGCUGGUUUAAUGGUGAAAGACCAUGGCCUUCUCCAGGAUCUUGUCGCCUCUCACAUGUUGAAGGAUAAUACUUAGGUUUAAUUAUUUGUAAUUAAUCGUCACAAGAAAGAACCGAUCUUUUCCUUCACCGGAAGGUCGUGCUUUGUAAUAUGAGCAGAGAUAUUGUAAUGGUAGUUAACGUUAAGCCGACAGGUCCCACCAAAACUAUUUCUAUUCA